AUGGAUAGUGGUAGCCAGAGAAGCUACAUAACUACACGCCUAGCAAACCUGCUAUCCAUAACACCUUCUGGAGAAGACCUGCUAAUGAUUUACACCUUUGGAUCAGAAAACCCUUUGGAAAUGCUCAGCCCUUCAAUCGAGAUCACAAUAGAAACCAAUAAAAGCAUACAAAAACAGAUACAGGUCAAUAUUGUACCCAACAUUACAGAGAGGAUACCGGUACCACAGAUAACUUCCUUAGACUCAGUCGAUGUUAUGGCUGAUGAUGGCUCAUGUGGUCAAGGAAUUGACAUUCUUAUCGGUAAUGAUUAUUACUUCUCAUUUAUCACAGGGAAAAGGAUUAAGUUGGAUGAAGAGUUAUAUUUGGCUGAUACUGAAUUUGGCUGGAUUUUAUCAGGCUGUGUGGAUACUGGCAAAGAUGAAAAUACCCUCGCAGUAGUGACAUACCACCAAUCUGAUCCAGGUUAUUCAUAUUUUACCGACCCUGACCUGCCUCUACAAAAUAUGGACAUCAAAUUCUUGUGGACUUUAGAGAAUAUUGGCAUAACCGACUCUGCAAAAACAACACGAGAAGAGGAAGCCGUUCAUCAUUUUAAUGAUACAGUUCAAUACCAUGAAGGGAGGUACUAUGUAAAAUGGCCAUGGACGCAGCAUACUUCAAACUUACCAACAAAUUAUGGCUUAGCUUAUGGUAGACUAAAAGGUUUAUUACAACGUUCAGAUUUUGCUACAUUACAAGAAUAUGACGAGAUAUUGAGGGAACAAUGUGACUCCGGAAUUAUCGAAGUAAUAGACCCACAAAUGAAUGCAGAAAAUGAAAAAGGACCUCCGAUUCAUUAUUUACCGCAUCAUUUAAUAAAACAAGCCG